AUGCCCCCCCCGCGCCCCGCGGUGACGGGUAUUCUCGGGCGGAUAACACGGCCGCGCUGUUAUUGCUGGAGAAUACGCGUAGCCGAGGGGACGCCCCGAGCCGGCCUCCUCGUGCAUCCCCUCGUGCAUCCUCGUGCAUCCCCUCGUGCACGAGGCCGUGCAUCCUCGUGAGCCCGCGGGCAUCUCCAGUGAAGCUUUAGGCGUCCUCGGUUGUCCCUAUGCAUCCGUCCCCGUGCAUGCUCUGCACCCUCGUGCCUCCCCGUGCACCCUCGUGCAACGCCGUGCAUCCUUGUGCCUCCCUGUGCCAUAUUGUGCCACAACCUGCAUCCCCGUGCAUCUUGGUGCAAUGGCAUGCGGCCUCGUGCAACCAUGUGCACACGGCUGGGCAACUUCAGUGUCAGCGUGCAUCUGUGUCCAUGUAUCCUCUGCGCUCUUGUGCAUCCUCGUGCAAGUCCGUGCAACCUGGUGCCACUCUGAGCAUCCUCGUAAUCCCUGUGCACCGUUGUGCCACCUCGUGCAUCCACCCAUCCUCAUGCAUCCUCGUGCAACCUCAUGCCUCCCUUUAUGUGCACCGUUGUGCACCAAGUGCAUCCUCCACGUGCAUCUCCACGCACCCUCGUGCAUCCUAGUGCAACCCUGUGCAUCCUAGUGCAUCAUUUUGCACCCUCGUGCCCCAUCACGCAUCAUUCUGGUGCAGCAUCGUGCAUCCCUCGUGCGACGCUGUGCAACACCGUGCACCCCCGUGUGCCCUGGGCAGCCAUCCUCGUGCAUCCCCGUUGCAUCCUCGUGCACCCACCCCUGUGAAUCCCCGUGCAACACUGCACGUCCCUCACGCCCCUGACCCCACACAUUCAUAUACACCCUGCUGCAUCCUCGUGUGUCCACGCCCAUGCAUGGUCGUGCAAGCUGGCGUCUCCUCGUGCACCGUCGUGCAACCCCCUGCAUCCUUGUGCAUCCCCGUGCAUCCAAUCCCCGUGCCUCCUGGUGCACCUCGUGCAUCCCGGCACGUCGGCGCAUGCGCAGAGCCGCGCCCGACUCGCCCCGUUGCCCGGCAACAGCCCGCCGUCGCCAAGCAACGCGUUGCCAGGCAGCGGGGAGUGACUGACAGCUCCAGCCACGCCCCCCCUCCCGGGUACCGCCUCCCUAUUGGCUGAGUGGAGCGGAAAGGGGCGGGGAAAUGGAACUCGUCGGGAAACGGGGCGGUGCUGGAUUGGCGGCUGGAGCGGCCAAUGAAAAGCGAGGAGAGAGAGGGGUUCGCGGGCGGGAAGGCAGAGCGCCCUCCUCUCCGUGCCCUCCGAUUGGCUGAGACGCGCGCGGUGGGCGGGAGCGGGAGGAAGCCUCUUCUGAUUGGCCGGGGCUCGCGCCGCGAGCUGAGAGACGCUCCUCUCCGAUUGGCUGAGGAGAGCGCGGCGGGAGGGAGCGGCGCCGCGGGAUUCUCCCCUCUGAUUGGUCGAGACGAGCGGUGGGCGGGAGCAGCGCUGAGGGAAGCCGCUCCCCGAUUGGCUGAGGCGGAAUGGCGGCAGCGCUGGAGCGGGCGCUCGGUCCGGCCGGGUCGGAGGCGGCCGCGUCAGUCCCGGAGUCACCGCUGUUGGUGCUCGGCCCGGCGGGCUCCGGCCGCACGGCGCUGCUGCUGCGGGCGGCGUUGGCGGGAGGAGGAGACGGGCCCCGAGCGCUCUUCUUAGCGCCCAGCCCUCCAUCGCGGCUCCCGGACGGCGGCGGCGGCGACCCGAGGGCGCUGCAGCGCCUGGAGCUCCGUUACCCCCCCACCAUGGCAGCCCUUGCCCAGGAGCUGGGGGCAAUGGCAGCCCGAGCCCAGCCCCCCGGCUUGCUGCUGCUGGACGGCUUGGAGCAUUACAUCCAGGGGGGGCCCAGCGCUCCCGCCCGCCUGGCCGCCCUGCUGUUGGAGGCCUCCCGUGCCCCCCGCCCUCCCGCCCAGCUCCUGGCUGCCCUUCGCCUGCCCCCCCCUGGCCCCAGAGUGCUGCCCGUCCUGCGCCGUUACUUCCCGGCUGAAUGCCGCCUGCGACCCACACCUGGGAUCCCACUGAAGGUGAACGUCCGCCUCGUCCUGCCCGGAGCGGCCCCACGGGGCUGGAGGCUGAGCUUUGGGCCCCACGGAGAGCUGCAUGUCACCCCAGGGCCUGGGGACGGCGAUGGGGAUGAGGAUGAGGACGGUGAUGGCAGUGGGGAUGAAGCCUGAGGGUGAGUCUGGUGGUGAGGUGGA